AUGAAGCUCACUUCCAUCACUCUUGUUGCAGGCCUCAUUCUUGGUCUUGAGUCGUCUGGCGCGUCUGGCGACGACAUUAAGUACGAAUGCAAGGACCUGCUUCUGACCUCGAACGGCCGGGACCAAUGGCACCCCGAAUGGCAAAGCUUCCAGCUGUUCAAAAAGUCCGAGACUGUCCUUCACGCCAAAUGUCUCAGAAACGAUGGCAAGACGUACCGCUGCACGCGCAUCAACCUCAAUGACUGCAUCGGCCUUGAAGUCGACCGAGAAGCCAACAAGGUCAGCCUCGUAGCAGAGGAAGGCGGUUACUUCAACCUACGUUGUGGCGCCUGCAUUCUCAAGAAGACGCAAAAGAGUGACUACAUCGAGAACAAGCUUAUUUGCCCGUAUAUCUUUGCUCAAGCUUGGGACGUCGAUGUCAAUCUCGAGGACAUCUUGUUCAACGACGAUGGCCGCAUUGCUUGCAAUCACUGGAGAGGCUGGGACGCUCAGUGCUAG